UUGAAGAUGCCAUGCCGCAUACCCUAACCCUACCACGUAGUCCCCCUCCUCUCCUCUGUCUUCUUGCAGUUCCAUAGACGUAUUUGUGAUGAUGCAACAUCAGACAAAUCAUUUCCAAAUGUUCAUGUACUAAAAAAAGAGAUUUGUUAAUUCCUUUUAUGUAGAAUGGAACAUAAAAGGAGCUAGGAAACUAGUAGUGAGAGUGCAAAGGCCAAACAAACACUAGCUAGUCACAAACAAUCGAAGAAUUCAGGUAUGCCUCUCGCCACCCUUCUGCUCCCCUCAGUCUCUACGCCCACCGCCGGCGACCACCGCACCCACAGCCGGCGGCAUGACCACCACCACGGCAGCAAGCGCAAGAAGAAGCCGCCGCCGCCGCCAUCACCACAGCCGUCGCUCCCGUUGGCACCGAGAACCCCGCCACCGCCAGGCGCACCAAGCCCCAAGGUCCGUGCGGCGGGCAAGAACAACCACGCCCAGUACCAGUACCAGCAGCGCCGAGGCCAGCCGACGAAGAACAGGGCCGCGGCGGCGUCCUCGUCCUGGGAGCAGGUGAAGAGCCUGCUGAGCUGCCGGACCGCGACGGCGGCGGCGCGCGUGCACGACCCGUCGGCGCUGGCGCGGCUCCGCGGCGCGUCGCUCUGCGCCAUGCGCGACGUCGUGCUCUCCUCCGCGUCGGGCGACCGCGACACGGCACCGCUGAACCGCCGCCGCGCCCCGUCCUCCUCCGCUGCCUCUGGCGCCGGCAGCAGCAGCCACCACUCCUCCCUGCGGGGCCUCUCCGGCUGCUACGAGUGCCGCGCCAUCGACGUGGAGCCCAUGUCGAGGUCCGUACGAUUCCGACCCAUCAACCUUUUUUUAAAGCAAAUAACCAUGAUUAAUGCACGAUUAACGAUCACCAGGCGGCGGUACCCGAGGCCGAGGGAGCUGUGCGCGUGCCCGCAGUGCGGCGAGGUGUUCACCAUGGCCGACAGCUUGGAGCACCACCAGGCCAUUCGCCACGCAGUGUCUGAGCUGGGUCCGGAGGACUCCGGGCGCAACAUCGUGGAUAUCAUCUUCAACUCGAGCUGGCAGAAGCGGGGCCGCCCCAUCUGCCACAUCGACCGCAUCCUCAAGGUCCACAACGCCCCGCGCACCGUCGCCCGCUUCGAGGCCUACCGCGACGCCGUCCGCUCCCGCUCCCGCUGCCGCGCCGCCGCCCGGGUAGCGGCCGACGGCAACGAGCUGCUCAGGUUCCACUCCGCGCCGCUCGCGUGCGCGCUCGGCCUCGGCGGCGCGACCGCCCUCUGCUGCGCCGGCGGUGCUUCGUCGCCCUGCGGCGUGUGCACGGCCAUCCGGCACGGCUUCGCGCCGUGGGCGGGCGCGCACCCGCUCGGGGUGCGCACCACGGCCAGCAGCGCUCGCGCGCACGACUGCGGCUGCUCGGCUUCUCCAUCGUCGGUGCAGCAGACCCAGCAGCCGGCGAACGACGCUGCUGCCUGCCGCGCCAUGCUGGUGUGCCGCGUCAUCGCCGGCCGGGUCCGUCGCGGCGGCGGCGGCGGUGCCACGUCGAACGCUGCCGAUGAGGAUCAGGAAGGCCCGUUCGACUCGGUGGCCGUCGAGGACGCCGUCAGCAGCAGCAUGUACGGGAACCUCGAGGAGCUCUUCGUGGCCAACCCCAGGGCCAUCCUGCCCUGCUUCGUCGUCAUCUACCGCGUCCUUGAUGCUUGAGGGAAACACGUCGUCUACAUUAUGUUUGUAACAUUUUUGGUUCAGACAAACCAUGAGCCACUGAAAUGGUAGAUCUAGUUGAGAAGGCCCUUGCUUGUUUGCUUGUAAUAUUUAUCAUGGAAGCCCUUGCUUGUAAUUUAUUUCUAUACAAGGGCAAACCCUUGCUUGUUUGCUUGUAAUUUCUAUAUAUUAAAGCAGGAAGGAAAUCUGCCCUCA